ACGGAAGGAAAACUGGCGGUUGAAAGGACAUGUUUGUGGACACGUUGCCUAGCAACACAGACUCUCAAUAGUACUUUGUUAUAAACAAGAUGUGUACAGGCGAGAGGCUGUAGUUCUUAAUGACAGACGAAGGAAAUAAUAAUAUACUAAAAAUAAAAAGUGGAAUGGAAAGGAUACGCAUUGACAAACAGGCAACUAAUGCAGUGGACGCGUUUCUAGAAUACAGAAGGAUUGUUGGGGACGAUGAUGGAGGGCAGCUGUUCUCAGAGGAUGAAUACAAGAAAUACAAAGAGAUUAUGUUGCCGCGAAGAAUGAAGAACCGACUUUAUGUCAGUUUUGGUGUCCCGGGACAGAUAGACUGCAAACUCAUUGGGCCAGAGACACCUUGCUUUUGUACACACAGAUAUAAGCAACACUGCACAGAUUUUGAGGAGUUACCAAAGGAAAGGCCUAUACUUCAGCCCUGUAGGGCCAGGGGUUGUCAGUGCGUGUCCUAUCAGUACGCACAUAUGAACGGAUCUAGGCCAGUGCGCUGCCAAUGCAAGCACGCAACCAAUGAGCACAGCGAGUCUCCAGGCCACCCAUGCAAGAAAUGCUCUCAGUGCAGUGGCUAUCGGAGUCCAUUCACCUGUGGAUGUGGUAAGCCUGGAUAUGCCCAUGUGACGUUGGUUGAAACCAAGGAAGAGCGCGUGGCACGGGGUCAUCCAGUGGGCAGAGAUGUUCCCUAUGCCGCCAUGGGAGGUCUGACUGGGUUCAGCUCACUGGCAGAUGGCUACCUGAGACUGGAUCCCAGCGGUAUAGGUCCUCUGUCAUAUAGUACUCUGGAGUCUGAUAGUCUGGAGUCAGAUCAGGUGUUUGAGAGAGCCAGCACAUCACUCUCUCAGACUGCUGUGCAUGAAAUGGAAAGAAAAUGUAAACAAAAAGAUGGAAGAAGCAUCCAUUUAUCAGGUGUUGGACAGAACAUCACAAUGCAGUCGCUGCUUAAAAUUGUUUUGCUACUCUCCACUUUAACCAAUAGAGAAAGCUUGAAAAUCGGAUCGAAGCUGGAACUGUGCCGUGGCUUGAGGUGCUCCUGCUCGUCUUCAAUUCUUUCUUCUGCUCAAUGGUGCUUUGAAGGCUGGGGGAGGAGGAGGAAUAGAGGGUGAAACAGAGAUGAAGACUGGUGUUGUUAUUUAUUCAAACCAGCUCCGUGAAUGUGAGCGGGGACACCAAUGCAAGCAUGAAAUAAACGUGGCUGUUGAAAAUCAAUAAAGGUUCACUGUAAUAAAAGUUGUUUUCUAUUGCUUGUGCAUCAAAACUUCCAGAUUCUCCCUCUUAUUGCAUUUAAAAUAUCUUAAAUAUCCUCAGACCCACAAUGGUGCUGUAACAAAGUGAUCUUGUGUGAAAUCUGCAAUUUUUUGUGUCCUGAAAUUGUCCGCUUUCCGAAUUUCCGAAAUGCCCCUCAGGUCAAAGAUCCAGUUUUGUCCACCUGUGGGCAGUUGCAAAACUUAGAAAGCAGAUACGGAUCUGACUCGCUCAUGCCAAUUUAUCAAGAGAUCAUUUAACUUUUAGACAAUAAAUGCCUGGAGUUGGGUGUAGACAAUACAGAAAUAAAUGCUGAAAGAAUAAAUGUGAGGAGGAAACAGACUGCUUUAUAGCGAAGUUUUCUGCUUUAUGGAUUAAACCUUUGAGAAAAAAGACAUUGAGGAAAAGAGAGAGAUAAGAGAGAGAGAUGUGGAAAAAGAGAGAAAGGGACAAUUGGUGUUUGAGUGGAGGGAAAUUAGUUUGACGUUCUUAUCUUGGACCACUCACUUAGCGUUUCUUAAGUCUUUUCUGUAACAUAAAGGAUUUCAUGUAAUAUGUUUAUGUAGAUAUGGACUGCAGGGACAGAAACAAGAACAGUUAUUGCGCAUAGUGAGUCAGACAAUUGUGUGCGUAAGUGAAUGGGUGCGUAACUGCUUUCUCAGACAACUAACCUCUAGGUAUUAAAAGGACUUAAUACUACUGUAAAUUAUAAUACUUAAAUGAACCCUCUUGAUACGUGGAUUAAUGUCCUUAGGUGUCUAACUCAGAAUUCAAGAAAUAUGACUCUAAUUUGGUUUAACAUAUGGUUUAAACAAUAAAGAAAAAAAUGAAUAGUUUGUAUACAGACGAUAUAUGUUUAAAAUUGUAUACAGACAACAAGUCUCUUGUUCUCUGUUUGCCUGGUUUCUUGACAGACAUGAUUGGAUUGACAGCUCAAAGUCAUUGCACUGGUCAGACAAAGACGCAUGUUUUAUUAAAGUUAUAUCCUUUGUCUCUCACCUUUGACCCUGAACCUCUGAUUUUCCUCAAGCCUGAAGGCAUAGCACCAGAGAGGACAGCUGUCCCCACAGAAUGUGCUUCCAACAUUCAUGUUCUUCUCUUAAAUGAUUUUAAAGAGCUUCUUAAUCAUUUUUUUCAAUGGGCGAAUAAGCAUAUACUGUAAAACAAUGUGUUAUGUAUACAGAUGGACAUCAUUGACUGCAGAUUAAUUCAUUUGUGAUGUAUUUGCUUUCAAAGCUUUAAACAUACUAUUCAUUAACUCUGUAUGGAGGAGAGAGAGAGAGACAAAGAAAAAGGACAAGCGUCCAAGUGUAACAACAACUGCAAAAUUGAUUGUGCACAUAAUUAUCUUCAGUUGUUAAGGACAAAAGACGGCAUUCUACAGUAGCACCACAGCAUUUUCCUUAUCACAAAACAGCCUCAUUCAUCAACACCAAAAGCAUAUUAUCACUGUUGUCAUUGUCAUGAAUGCAGUUGGUGGUAAGUGAGGAUUGUGUUCCUUAUAUGAAAAUGAAUGCUAGUUUACCGUAAAAUAUUUUAAGACAGGUGUUGUGGAAUGACUGGAUAUCCGACAAAACCAUUAUAGGAUCUGUGACUCAAGGAAGCACACACACACACUAAACCAUUUUCUAUGCCCCCCACUCCUCCUUUUCACCGUUAACCCUUUCAUCUAAGUGUCUUGAACACACGUCAUCAUUUGCACAUCUGGCAAAUCUAAGGCAUUUUAUUUCAUUCCUGAAUCAAUCUUAAGUAUUCCAUUUCCUGUUCGAUGUUUAUGUUACAUUUAUUAUGUUGAAAUGUGAAAAUACCCCGCAAUCCGUAUGCAUAGUGUUUUGGGGGCACUGCAUUUUUGUUAAAGCAAUGAUGUCAGACAUUUCUGAAGAAAUUGUUGAAAUAUACCAGAGUAGGCCUACUUUGCUUCAAGUCAAAAUGUCUGAUUGAAGUACAGAACAGCAUGCAACGUACGUUAAAGGAUAAAGAUUUGUUCACGUCCCGACAUCAGAACAGCUAGUGGACCCUAGAAGUCCUCUCAGGUCAAAAAUGGCAUGUUCAAAUAAAGAUUGCUAUUGUUUCUCAUCUCACUACCCAGUGGGCAAUUGAUGUUAAAUAGACAUCAAAUUGACGUCAAACAUCGGCAUCAAAGAAUUGGUCAAAAAUGCAAAUCAAAUCGAUGU